AUGGUGUUAGAUUUCUCAGGUGCGAUCGCCAACGAUUCAAAGACAUCGGCAAAGGAGAAAGAGGCAUGCCUUGGGUUCUGCGAUGCCGAGAGCAAGCUGGACAAAGAGGAUGUGGACGGAUGCCUGGCGAUUUCCAAAGAGGUAGUCCAAAAGUUCGAGGCGAUCAAGCAUCCCACGGGUGUGGCCGAUACCCUGAGGAUGAUGGUGCUAGCAUACCGCAUCCAAGCGGAUGUGCUGCGGAGCGCGGAAGAGGACAAGUCCAAAGAUAUCAAGGCCGCGCUGAGCACGGCCGAGUCCCUGGCGCGGGAGCAGGCGGCGAAGUUCGGGGCGCAGAGCGACAAGCGGGGCGAGGCCGUGCUGCUGCUGGCGGCGGGGGAGAUCAACUACAACAAGCGAGGCGGGAAGAAGCGAGUGGAAGCCUUCGAAGAUCUGAAGAAGGCGAAGAAUUUGGCCAGCGAAGCUGGGGACAAGAAGGUGGAGGCCACGGCGGUGUUCGUUCAGGCGAAUGCGGCCAUCAAGCUGCGGGCCAACGACGACGCCUACCGCUUCGCGCAGGAGUCCUACAAGCUCUAUGAGGAAGCAGACGACAAGAAGGGCAUGGGUAAGGCUUUGCACAUCAUGGCCCUCGCGCAGGUCUUGGCAGAGGACUUCGAGGAUGGGAUCAAGACGGCGGAGCAGGCCCUGGCGAUCUUCAAGGAGCUGGCCCUCAGGAAGCUGGAAGCCUUUGAGCCCUGGGAACUCUUCAUCAUUGCCCACUACUACCUCACGCGGAAGAUGGGGCGCGAGGCCAUUCCCUUUGCUGAGGACGCGCUGGAGCUCUUCAAAGAAGUCGACUUUGAUGGCUCGGGCUGGACGUCCAACGCUUUUGACUGCCUGACGCAGGCCUUCAUCUGCAAGGCCGGAGCACUCGGUUACGAGGGCGACGCGAAGAAAGCGAUGAUCAUCUCCGAGGAGGCGGUAGAAUAUUUCGAGCGGAAGAAGGACAAGCGAGGACAAGUGAUGGCGCUCAGCACACUGGCGAACUCCUACUGUGCCAAGGGCGACUAUGAGCAAGCAGUUCCGCUGAUUGAGGAGACCCGCGAGAUCAUCAAAUCCCUAGAUGAUGCCAGGUGGGAGGCCAGCAUCCUGCACCAGCUCGCCUCCGUCCACAUGCUGCGAGAGUCCUAUGCGGAGGCGGCCUUCGCAGCAGAGGAGGCCAUGUCCAUCUACCAGGACCUGAAGGAUAGGCACAGCGAGGCCCUGGCGAUGAAUUAUAUCACCCAGGUGGCGAUUGCGAAGAACGACUACGAGAAGGCCAUCCAGACCGCGCAAGAGCAAGCUGCUAUCUUCAACGAGACCGGGGACAAAAGCAAGGAAGCCUCCUGCUUGCUGACGGUGGCCACGGUGCACGGCACGGAGGGCCGGCUGGACGAUGCCUUGCGCGUGGCCAAGGAAGCUCAGGAGCUGUUCCAGGAGAAGAAGGACCGCUCUGGGGAGGCCCGGGCGCUGAAUGUGCUGGCGGACAUCUAUUGCGACCUCCGGGAGGUGGAACAGGCGGUGAACCUGGCCAAGGAGAUGCGUGCCAAGUUGCAGGUGUACGUGUCCAUGACUUCAGCAAGCAUGGCUAGCGUACACUUGGAGGCCUUGAAUGGCGGCCGCAGGUGCGGGCCGAAGUACUUGGGUCGGCGGUGCGGAGCGGCCAUGCUGCGCAGGUUUGGCAAAGGCCAGGUUGAAAAAGGCUCCUCCUCGUACUGCACAGCGGUGGAGCAAACUGCCGACUGCCUCUGCGUUUUCGACAUUGACAGGACUCUGACAGCGCGGCAAAAUGCGAGCACUAGUUGCCCGGGCACGCGGGAGCUGGACAUUUGGGAUUAUUCUUACGGAGGUGGCAAGGUACUGCUUUCGGCCCUGAGCGUCGCAGGGAUCAACUCCACCUUCUGUGACAACUGCUACCUGGGCAUAUGCUCCGCCGGGAACGGCAGUGGCGUGACAUCCGCUUGGAACCAGUUUUUGCUGGAGCAGGUCAUGCGCAGCAAAGCGCAGGAUGCACUCUCGGAGCAGUUUGCCUUUGUAAAGCAGUGGACCUUGGGCUCGCGGGUGAACAGCCCGUACGUGCUAAUGCAGCCAGAGGGCACGAAGCAUCGCGCCGCGGAGAAGAUCCGGCGUUGGUAUGAGGACCAGUUCGGCUUUCAACUGGAACGGUCCAAGGUGUACACCUUUGAUGACAAGGUGGAGAACAUCCAGAGCUUUGCCUAUAGCGGGCUCUCCUCCAAGCAAGUCUCCUGCGCCUCUCGACACGAGGAGUUUGUGCAAGACUUGGGGCUCUGCGGGGCGCGGCCCGAAGAGAUUCUGCCUCAAGCUGGUGAUGUGAUUCUGCGGGCGGGCUCCAGAAAAAGUUAUCUGGGCGGCGAAGGCGACAUGAAGGCCGAGGUUGGCGCCAUCCGCACGCUCUCCAACAUCUACUUGGCCUCCGACAUGCCCGGGGAGUCCGUGCGGGCGGCCAAUGAAGCCGUGCAGCUGAGCAAGCGCGUUCAUGACCGGCGCCAGCUGGCGGAGAACCUCAUCCUUUCCUCCGAGGCGAACAUCGCCUUGGCCAUGCAGGACAACCCCAAGGGCCUGGCCAAGGGCUCGGAGCGGUCCCUGAAGCCCGCGAGGGAGGCCUUCAAGGUGGCGAAAUCCAUCGGCGCUGGCAAGCUCAUGGGCAUGGCUAUGCACCAGACAGCCUACGUGCUCCUGGUCACGGUGAAGCCAGAUGACGCCCUGAAGUCGGCGCGCGAGGCCGUGGACAUCUUCCGGCAGGUGGACGAGCGUGCGCGGGAGGCCGGCUCGGUCAUCCUGAUCGCGGAGAUCUACCACAGCAAGAGCGAGGACGAGAAGGCGCUGGAUGCCGCGAACGAAGGGCUGAUGCUGGCGAAGGCCUGUGGAGACCCCAAGAAGGAGAGGGACGCGAACAAGCUCAUCGAGCAGAUCGCGGGAAAGAGAUUCGCCUACUACCAGCCGUAUCCGGGCGAGGGUGGGGAAAUGCCGAUGCCGGCGCAGGAACGGCGACAGAUUCGCCGGUUCAAGUCUCGAAGCUCUUUGCCCCAUGUCUUACGCGUGCUGAGUGAAGGUGCCAGGACCCAUCAGUUUAGCGCGCUCUUCUGA